GGCAAGAGCCCUUACUCCUCAAAAAAGAAAGCUUAGCUUGUUAAAUAUAGGCAAGCCACAACAAAAGAAAGCUAAGUUAUCAAAGACAACUAACAGUGCCAAAGUGAACCAAGAUAUGAACAUCCAGACAAGUUGUCCUACUGACAACACUUCUUUUAACUGGGCCAACAUUACAGAAAAAGAACUACAAGGCAGUGAAAUAUGGGAAGAUAUUCUCUCUGAACAAACAAAAGCUUGCAUCAUAACAACUGAAGAAACAAACAACACACGUCAAAACAACAAUGAUACAGCUGACAAACACAUGUCUAACCAAAACAGUCAAUCAGGAGACAACAAUCAGGCAGCUCUAGUACAACCAGUACUAUUGACCUAG